CCUAGUGAUUGCAGUUAGGGAUCGGUAUAUAGCUCAGGGUAGUGACAGGUUAGGCUUCCGACGGCCACCUAGAGAGUUAGAGGCCCGGAUGCACUGGUAGAUUAGUUGUCAGGUCAAGGACUCAGUGUUAGGGUAGUCAGGCCUGGAAGAAAUCCUUUCAUCAUCGUCAUCGUCAUCUCCUGAUCGGCUGUCUGUCAUCUCCUGGAAGAAUCCUGGAUCUACAGUCAUCCACAGGGGCCCCUGGACCAUCUCUUCUGUUGUCUGCAGGUCCUCCUCCAGUGACCUAUGCCUGCCGAUCAGCAAAGAUCCAAGAGUGCAAUAAAGUCCACUUUGUGCCUGGCCACACUCUUCUAGGUGGGGGACUGGACAUUGUGACCAUGAAGAAGAAAGCAUCCUACCUGUUUAACCUACAGAAAGUCAUUACUUCCGAAAACACCUGCACCGUCUGUAGCAACCCUUACAUGAAGAAAGCCUGGCAGAAGCUGCCUCUAGGAGUGGUAGAUUGGAAGCCACAGUCGACCUGCUUCAAGAAGAUUAGCGGGGAGACCUCUCGGUCUACGUCUUCAUUGGCUGAAGAGUCUGCAUCGAGUAUUCAGAAUAACUGGGAGGUUGGACUGGAGCUCCACCACAAAGUGGGAGAUGCCAAGAUGGUGCUGGCCGGAUCUCAAUCCCAGCUGGCGCAGUUUGGUCAGAGAAAAAGCAGUGGAGAUCGGUACACCUUCAUCAGGCACCAGCUGAGCUGUGUCUACUACAGGUUAAUAUUCGGAUAUCAUGAAAGCCUCAAAGACCAUUAACCGUCUGAAAUGGAAAUUAGCUGAGGUGUUUGAGGAGAACGCGGAUGGUUUCAUGGAUGAAGUGGACUCCCUCCAGCUCAUAACCUAUGAAGAGUAUAGAGUUCUGUGUGGAGCUGCGAGCCCGACAGAGAAAACGCUCCGUCUGAUUGAGCUGAUUCUUCACAAGGGAGAAGAGGCCUGUAUGACGUUCCUUGAUCAUCUGGAGAACAUGAUUCCCAGAUUUCCACCAUUGUCUCGGGUGUCUCUACACUUCCAGGAUAACCGGGCUAGAAAUUUUCAGGAACUGGUCCAACAACUGAGCUUGAAAAAACAUCUGGAUUCAAAGUUAACCUUGGGAGAUGUACUUAGCAUUGGAACAGACAAUCUUUUCAUUGACCAACCCCAGAAUAUUCCAGAUAUCCCCUGGCAUUUCUUGACCAAAAUUAUAGGGCUGAACAGAACAGCACGAAACAUUCAAUGCCAGAAACAGUCAACUAAAGAAGAAUCAGAUCGAGUUAGUGAACUGUUUUUUUCUGUGAAUGAAGAAGAGGAAGAAGACACUUCAUGUUCCAUCCAUCCACUUGAUGUUCUCUGUGCUCUCCUUCAUUGUUCAGACCUGUUUUUACAGCAAGAAAUUGUAACUAAAAUGUCAGUUUGUCAGUUUGCUGUUCCUCUCUUGCUUCCUGCUGGUGAUGGUCCUAACAGCACCUUCAUGCUUUGGGCAAUGAGAGACAUAGUGAAGAAGUGGAGACCUCAGUCACUGGCCAACUGUAAAGGCUUCAGAGAAGACAACGUGGUGAAUAUUGAAAUGCCGAUGUUCUCUUUCGUCAGGCUGGGGCCAAAUAAAUUAUCUAAAUCUAAAAUAUUAAACCAGGUCCUGAACCCAGCUCAACAACAUCAUGACUUCUUCAUACAUGACAACAUGGAAGGAGGGAACAUUGAGAGGAAGAUAUCUGAUGGGCUGGUGGAGAUGUCCUGGUACUUUCCUUGUGGGAAAUCAGAUGUUUUCUCAGAGCCUAUUGCUGUGGCCAACCUACGUGGAGACCUGGAGUCCAACUGGGAACAGUUUGAAUUUCUCAUUCAAAUCUCAUCGGCCACCUUUGUAUUUCUUGAGAGCAUGUGUGAGAGACAGCUCCGAUUAUUAUCAUCCGUAAGUCCCAAUGACACCAAGUUUUAUUUCAUUGUCAGUCCAGGCCCCGGAAAAGAUGUCAACUCAGAGACACAGAAACAUUUAAAUAAUGUAAUAGAAAAUUUAAAAGUCAGCAAAAAGCAAUUUAUAAUAAAACGAAGUAAAUCAAAUGAUGCGGAAUUUGUUAAAAACAUUCAGAACAGCAUUGAGCAGUUCUUAAAGGAACAUAAUAGAAAAACAUCUUUAGAAAAACUAAAAACACAAAAAUAUGGACUUUAUAUUGAUGUAGAUGAAGACUUGGCUGAGUGUCAAAAAGCAAGAGCGUGUGCUGUAAAUAUUACUUCUGUCAUAAACAAUGUGGAAGAAUAUAAGAAGACAACACUAAACCUACAAGGGGAUUUAUGGAAGAAGUUGUCUAAGAUAGAAAAAGAACUUUGUAGGAUGACGAACCUAGAGGGGAAGGAUGUGCAGCAAUAUCUGGCUGAACUCAUAGAGAAGCGCACCUGUCUACACAAGGAACAGAAUGAACACGAUUUAUCUGAUGGCAUAAUGCUGUUUAUUAAUGCAAUCACUCAUUUAUCUCAGGCUGAGCGACAAUUUUUCCUGAAAUGGAUGAAACUAGAACUGGAGUCAAUAUCUAGAAAUAAUGUGUCUGCAUUGCAAGCAGAAUACAAGGACAAAUGUAGCAAUAAGUCCAAUAAUCUAGAGGAACUCAAAAAUAUAGACCAAAAAAUCUCAGAUAGUUCUCUGGGGGUAGAACAUUUUCUCCGUGAGUUGGGGCAGUUUUAUGAAGCUGAAUACUCCAUGAAAAAACAAGGAUUACUUCCUGAAAACAGAAUACAGUUUGCUGGAUUGCCAAAUAUUGCCUCUGACCUUCUUCUUGAUGGAUUCCCAUUGGAGCUGAUUGAUGGAGAUGCUUCCAACAUUCCCUUACAGUGGAUAACUGAUGUCCUGACUGCGCUGGAUAAGAAGACCGGAGGACAAUGUAGGAUAAGAGUGAUAACUGUGCUGGGAGUGCAGAGUACAGGGAAGUCCACCCUUCUGAACACCAUGUUUGGUCUACAGUUCCCUGUGGCCAGUGGACGAUGUACACGAGGAGCCUUCAUGACCCUUAUUAAAAUGAAGGAGAGCUUCCAGGAUGAGAUUGGUUGUGAAUUUAUUCUAGUGAUUGACACUGAAGGGUUGAAAGCUCCUGAAUUGGCUUCUCUGGAGGGAAGCUAUGAACAUGACAAUGAAUUAGCCACAUUAGUGGUUGGGUUGAGUGACAUCACCAUAGUCAACAUGGCCAUGGAAAAUACCUCAGAAAUGAGAGAUAUUUUGCAGAUGGUGGUCCAUGCAUUUCUACGGAUGAAAGAGAUAGGAAAGAAACCCAACUGUCAGUUUGUCCAUCAGAAUGUGAGUGAUGUUUCCGCCCAUGACAAGAAUAUGAGAGACAGGAAGAAACUUCUAGAACAGCUGAAUGAAAUGACUCAAGUGGCUGCAAGAAUGGAAAAUAAAAUAGGAAUCACAAGUUUCAGUGACGUGAUGGACUAUAAUCUCGAGAAGCACAACUGGUAUAUACCAGGCUUAUGGCAAGGAGUCCCUCCAAUGGCUCCAGUAAACUUUGGUUACAGUGAAAAUGUUUAUAAGCUGAAGCAGGACUUGUUUGCGUUCAUGAAAACCCAGGAUUCUCCUUGUAAUAUUCAGAACUUUAUUAAAUGGGUGGAAAGUUUGUGGAAUGCUGUAAAACAUGAGAAAUUCAUCUUUAGUUUUAGGAAUAGUCUAGUAGCAGAUGCAUAUGGUAAACUGUCAAUGCAGUUCUCUCUGUGGGAAUGGGAAUUCCAAAAAAAUGUGAACAAAUGGAUCAAUAUUACAGAAAAUAAGAUAAAAAAUCACAUUGCAGAAUCUUUGGAUAAAGAAACACAUGAGAAAUCUAUGUGUGAUCUUCAGCAGCUGCUGCUUGAGGGAGAAAGCAAGAUGCUGGAAGAACUAGAAAAUUACUUUGAAAAUAAGACAGAAAAUGUUCACCUUGUAGAACGAUAUCGAGAAGAUUUUAGGGUGAGUGUAAACUUUCUAAAAAAGGAGCUCGAAAGAAAGGCCAUCGGCAAAUAUGACAAUGCUGUUUCUCUCCAGAAAGGAAGAUUUGAGGUUCAGAGCAUCCUAAGUACAUACCAACAGGUUAUAGAAGAGAAGAUUACAGAACUUCUGGAAGCUGGAAGACACAAGAAACAUAAAAUGACUAAUCUAGAAAUAGAACAGCAAUUUGAGACCAUGUGGGAUAAGACAAUGUCAACUGUUCAGACUGGAAGAAUUAAAAAAUAUAAUGUAAAUCAAUCUAUGUUACAUCUUGUGAAAAAUGACCUCAGCACAAGAGGAUCUGCUAUAAAUGAAAAGUUAGUAAAAAUAAAGGAGAUAUCAACCUAUAAACAAUGGAAGAUGGAUAAAAAGUACAUAGAUCACCACUGGUGGUCUAAAGUUUGGUAUGGUAAUGAAUUAUUUAUCAAGUAUGAAGAAUUUGCCAACUCAUUGAUAGAGUUGUGUGAUAGCUACAUCAAAAAGAAGAUGAACAGUGAUGCGGACUAUGAUGACACUUACUGCCAGGAACUUCUGCAGAUGAUCAAUAAAGAACUUAGACAAAAAGAAACUAAAAUUCUCCACUUCUCGUCAGAGUUUGAGCUGGAUAUCAAACUCUUCAUCUUUGGAAAAGCAUUUAGAACAUUUCAGGAGAUGCAUGAUAGGUUUGUCCAGAAGAAUGAUCCAAGGAAUUGUCUUGAAGAACUAAAAUCUCAGUAUUUCUUGACAUUUCUUAAUAUAUUCAAUGAAAAAGAUAAAAGUCAGAGCCGAGCCAAACAGUUCUGUGAGCAGUGUCUGAAACCAGCUAUCACCCAGUAUGCUUUCAGUCAUCUCGGAGAAAGAAUAGUGGACGACAUCUUACAUAGUUCUGACAAUAAGAUAUUUAGCACUAGAACUUUUUUCCAGUAUACUCUGCUGGAAGAUUUGCUGGUGUAUAUGUCUUUCCAGAAAUACGUACAAUAUCUUCACUCAUAUAAGAAAUUUUCAAAGGAGUGGAUAAAAAAUUACCUCUCUGAAAAAUAUAACAAUCCUUUAAGUUUGAUGGAAUUUCAUGAAAACAUUUUGAGCUCCAUUUGUGAGAAAGUCCAAAAAGUUCUCCAGGAUGAGACAAGUCUGGCCAGCACAACUAUCUCACAAUUUUUAACACAUUUCUGUGAUCACUUACAAACUGAUUUAGUGAUUUCACAGAAGGAGCUAAAAGUUAUUGUUUUCAGUAAUACCUCAGACGUUGGGCAGUUUUCCUUAGAUGUUCAGUCCUUCAUAACAGAUACAGAGAAGCAAAUCUUGUCAGAGUUGAGGUCUAUGAGUUUGGAGUCCAUACUUUCCAGAGUCACACUGAAGCCUCAGGAUGAGUUGUUGAAGAAAGUGUUUGGAUGUGGACAUCAGUGUCCAUUCUGUAGAGUUCCCUGUGAGGCUGGAGGUGGUGACCACAAGGAGCACUUUGCAUCUAUCCAUAGACCUCAAGGACUUGGGAAAUGUAGAAAACGUAGAAAUAAUAAACUGGUCGUAGAAAUAUGUACCACUGAUGUUGUAUCUGAAGCCAAAUUUCGGAAUUCAGACACAAAUUGUGAAUUUCAUCCAUACAAAGAAUACCGCACUUACUAUCCAGACUGGUCCAUCCAACCCGACCCCAGCAUUGAGUCCUCCGAUUACUGGAAAUACAUUUUCGCACAGUUCAAUAAAAAGCUUGCUUCUGAGUUUAAUGCAAAUCCGGCUGAUCUGCCGUCCAACUGGAAGAAAAUAACCAAAGAACAGGCUCUUCUCAGCUUAAAGAAAAUAUUCAAUAUCUCCUAACCUGAACCAUUGGUGAUGUGUCUACAGUCCAAUUAAGAUGUGAUAGACACUUGGCUCAUUUAUUAUCAUAUAAGCUUAUGUGAGAUGUCCCGGAGUGAAUCCUGGUUUCUCAGCAGCAGUUAGUGGCCAUAUUGUGCUUUAUAAUAGAUUUUUGUUACCUGGAGCCCCGUGGCUGGCUGUGGCCGUGUGUACACAUUGCAGCCACAUAGUGACUACUGGGUGAAGGGGCCAAAGGACCAUUGUAUGGAGGGAUGGACAGGUGUGGGAUGACCCAGGGGUACACUGUGUACAUGCAGCCACGGCCAGGCAAAAAGUCAAGAGUACAGACCGUUUAGUGAAAAACUAUUAUUAAAGGACUUGUUUGAGGCAAUGCAGGAAAUAGAAUAAAAUAGUGAAAUAACCCAUAAUUCCCAGAAAUCACGUACAUCAUUCAUGUGAUCGCUAUCGCCAAUCACUGGCCUCAGAGGAGAUAUUUGCCUGCUAAGGCCAGUGAUUGGCUACAGUGUUCACAUGAAUGAUGUAUGUGACGUCAUUACUGCUGGGCCGGCAGAGAUCACCCGAGUGGUGGUGCUGGAGCGGCAGCGGAUUUAAAGGGAUUUCCCGGGCCCCACAUAUUGAGUUAUCCACUGGUUCUGGAACCGGCACUUUGAAUGGAGCUGGCAGUAUAAGCUUUUGGAUUACUGCAGCUCAUUUCUUAUUCACUUAAAAGGGAGAUGAUCUGCAGUAACUGGGUGCAGACAUUAUACGUUGAACAGGGCGGUUCUUCUGGCUCAAUUCAAAGUGCUAGUUCUGGGGGCUGCUCCGAGCAGCUGAGUGGUGGGGGGUGCAGGGUGUCAGGGCCCCCCACAGAUCCGACAUUGAUGACCUAUCCAGAGGAGAGGCCACCAGGAAGUCCUGGAAACCCCUUCAUUUCCCCAAGUUUCUUAAACAGAUCCUGGCAUCAGAUUUGUGCCUAUGUGACUGAUUGCAUCUCCUGGCUGCGCGCCUCAUAUGUUUUCUGCUCCUGUUUUUUAAAAUAAAUCUGUCCUCAGAGUCAUUUUUCAGAAAUCAUAUUUUUAAGUUGUUUAUUUGUCCAAAAUGUGUAAUGCGGGUGCCGGGGAGCGUGGUAAGUACAAUCUGUGUGAGGGGCCCCGGCAUAUGGGGGUAACCCCUUUAAGUAAACUCAUUCAUACAGUCUGCUCCCUCCUCCGGGUUUUUUAUUCUCUUGCCCGUCCUCGCGGUACGCACAGAACACACGUGGGGGGGGGGUCUUCUAUUGCGUGUGUCAUGUGUGGGACAGGCGCACUUACAUGAACACAUUUUUCAAAUCACCGAUGGAAAAUGGCUUAAAAAAGGUUCCGGAGCAUCUACUGGUCCUUUCCAUCACAGCGACCUUACGGGAGACGUUUCUUCUAGGUCAGUGGGCAGCAUUAUCAGGGUGUAGUGCCGAAUGCCGAUCAUUGCAUGACAUUUUUUUCUUGUUUAUUUUUUAUUGAAAUUUUUAAACGGAACAAAACUGUGACUGGUCAAACGAGUGAUGAGCGGCAUUCAAUCAAUUCAGACUUAGAGAAUGAGGCAACAAUAAUACUAAGAGCCUGAACCAAGGUAACCCACGGAGCCCUACAAUGAGGUGUCCAGGCCCCAAACAGUAUCAGAAUACAAACGUAUUCACGCUCCGCGAAAUACUCUCCUGUGUUUAAGACAAUCCCAGUUUGAGCUUGUAAUGUAAAAAUGAAACGAUUGCCGCAGCUGCGCAAAUAGUCAAACAGACCAACUCCUGACACGGAGUGAGCGUAAACAGUGGUCUGGUGCUCAACGCUAUAAACCAUCCAUAUAAAAUGUAACAAAAGGAAAUAAAAUCACAGCACGAGCUACUGAAAACGUCUUCCUCUAGUUCAUAGUGUCAAUAAAAAACGCCAUAGUGGUACAAGACACGGGGCACGGAAUAGGCGACGGUUGUUUUGGGCACCUGCGCUGCCCUUUUUGCCUACAGUCUGAGCUUGUAGCCAUGGAUCCCAACUUUCCAAGACAUGGUCAGGGGCCCCUCUCGCUGCAUAUGUUAAUCUGCUGUAUCCACUGAUUUAAAGUGAGGAUUUUUUGGGGGGCUUCGAGUUCAGAAGGACAGUUUUCACAGAACAAAACAUUAUAAUAUGGUGUCAUUUCCUGCCAUGUUUGGUGGGAAUGAAGUCAGUUACUCGUCCGAACAAGCCGAGGAAGCCCAAUAUAGAGUUUAGAAACUGACGAAUCUCCAACCAAUCCUGCCUUAUACCCGGACAUUCCCCAUCAUGUCUGGCAGUGUCUGAGUGGAAGCAGAUCUGUGUGUGUUGUGUCUGUUUUUUUACACUAAACUUGACAACAUAACAUCACCUAGAGACAGGCAACCAUUUUAUAAAUCACCUAGAGACAGACAGCCAUUUUAUAAAUCACCUAGAGAUAGGCAGCCAUUUUAUGAAUCACCUAGAGACAGGCAGCCAUUUUAUAAAUCACCUAGAGACAGACAGCCAUUUUAUAAAUCACCUAGAGAUAGGCAGCCAUUUUAUGAAUCACCUAGAGACAGGCAGCCAUUUUAUAAAUCACCUAGAGACAGACAGCCAUUUUAUAAAUCACCUAGAGACAGACAGCCAU